UGCAAGUUUGACAGAAGAAAGAAAGGGGCGUCUGUAAAAUUCUGUUAGUGGAGGAGAGCUUAUUACUGGAAGCCUCCCUGUCUGCACUGGCACUCCACCCUUUCGUUUAGGGCGCGGUAGUUUCUUCUCGGUGAUAAGCGGAAAAGAAAGGGAAAAGGAGAAACGUCAAUCCUUAAUCAUGCCUGGAAAGAAAGUUUGCAUCGUCGGCUCAGGAAACUGGGGAUCAGCCAUUGCUAAAAUUAUUGGCCAUAAUGUGAAAAAAUCCAACCGUUUUGAACCCAUUGUCAAUAUGUGGGUCUAUGAAGAAAUGAUAGAAGGCAAGAAGUUAAGUGAGAUCAUCAACACGGAGCAUGAAAAUGUGAAGUACUUACCGGGACACAAACUGCCAAAAAAUGUGGUUGCAGUUCCUGAUAUACUUGAGGCGUCGACAGGUGCAGAUAUUCUGGUCUUUGUGCUUCCCCACCAGUUUAUAGGGAAACUGUGUGAUCAGAUGAAAACCAAGGUCAAACCUGGCGCUAUCGGCAUAUCGCUUAUCAAGGGUGUGGAUGAAGGCCCUGAUGGCCUGAAGCUCAUCUCUGACAUCAUCCGAGAGAAAAUGGAAAUCGAAGUGAGCGUGCUGAUGGGUGCCAACAUCGCCAACGAGGUGGCAGCAGAGAAUUUCUGUGAAACGACAAUAGGUUGCAAAAAUCCACAGCAUGGGGCCAUCUUCAAGGAUCUGCUGCAGACUCCAAACUUCCGAAUUGCGGUGGUGGCAGACAGUGACACCGUAGAGUUGUGUGGCGCUCUAAAGAACAUUGUCGCAGUUGGAGCUGGAUUCUGUGAUGGCCUUGGAUUUGGGGACAACACCAAGGCGGCUGUGAUUCGCCUGGGACUGAUGGAAAUGGUGGCCUUUGCCAAGGUGUUUUGUAAAGGGACGGUGAGCUCGACCACAUUCCUGGAGAGCUGUGGCGUGGCUGACCUCAUCACCACGUGCUACGGAGGACGGAACCGGAAGGUGGCAGAGGCCUUUGUGAAAUCGCAGAAGUCUAUUGAAGAGCUGGAGAAAGAAAUGUUGAAUGGACAAAAACUGCAAGGUCCUCAGACAUCGGCCGAAGUUCAUAAGAUCUUAAAACAGAGAAAUAUGAGCGACAAGUUUCCACUCUUUACAGCGGUGUACCAGAUUUGUUUUGAGGGGAGACCCGUGAAAGAGUUCAUCACAUGUCUGCAAAAUCACCCUGAGCACAUGUGACCUGAUGCGGACAUGUGACCCGAUGAGGACAUGUGACCUGAUGAGGACAUGUGACCCGAUGAGGACAUGUGACCCGAUGACCACACCACACGGUUUCCUCACAAACCACAGCUUAUUUUUUUAAAGGCAACUGAAAUUCAUGCCGGCGGUAAUGGAGUUUGUGUUCAGCUAUGAUUCCUGUAACUUGCGAAUGACUUGGUGGUUAACUGUUUAAAUCACUGGGAAACAUUUCUUGCUUUUCUGAAAACGCACAAUAAAAAUUUUUUUUUUUA